AUGGACGUAAUUAAAACGCAGAACAGAAAUUUUUCAGAAGGCCCAUCGAAGUCAUUGGUUGGAGUCUUCUUGGGAGGAACGAAUGGGAUUGGUGAGGCAGCAAUGUUGGGAUUCGUUAAAGCAGUAGCUGAACCAGUAAUAUUUUUUAGUGGUAGGUCUGGUAAGGAUGAAGUAAAAACUAACAUUAUAGAUGAGAAAAUCAAAAAAAUAAAUCCUAAAGCUGAAGUUUUUUACUUUCAGCAUGAUCUAACUUUGCUAAAUGAAGUAGUCAAACUUUCUAAUGAAAUUAAAAAUAGCAAGAUAAAGAAAGUCAAUUACCUUCAUUUAUCACAAGGAUAUUUAGGCGCCAAACUUGACUUAACUAGCGAAGGCUUGGAUAAGAGGAUGGUAUUGUAUUAUUAUGGCCGGUUUAAGAUGACUUAUAAUCUCAUACCUUUGUUGCAGAAUGGAUAUGAUCAAGAUCAAAUUGCUUCAGUAAUUAAUGUAUUAGGUGCGGGGAAUGAAGGUUUCAAAUACCCUGAAGAUAUUGGAUUAGAUGAACCAGAGCAUUUCGGAUUCAUGUCGUCCAACUCACAUUCUAUUACUUUAAACUCAUUGGCCACCCUUAAAUUUGCAAAUAUUCAUCCAGAUAUUAGAUUUAAUCAUAUAAACCCAGGACUUGUAAACUCUGGAAGCAAGCCAUACCUUCCAUGGUAUACAAGGUAUUUGGUGGAGUUCGCACUUCACUUCUUUGGUAUCACUAUAAGUGAUAUCUCAGAAAGACUUGUCAAUAUUGCCUUGCUCAAGAAAACAUCCUCUAAUGGUCAGUUGAUUGACAUUAAAGAACAACCUGUGUCUACUAAAAAUAUUGAAAACCAGACUUUAUCGAAGAAAGCACAAGAACAAGCCUGGCAUUUUACUUUAAAUAAGAUUUCUGCGGUGACAAAUUUACAAUAG